AUUCCCUUUUUUUAGUUAUUUUUUCUUUAUUUUCAGAUGAAAAAAGGAAGAAGAUCUGAGUGAUAGAUUUUGCAGGAAAAGCAGAGAGAAGGUAAAGGUAAAAACAAUAGAAAAACAAAAACAAAAAAAAAAAAGAAGAAAAGGAAUCUGCUUUGGAUCCCCAAAGAAAGACGCACACUAAGUGUUUGUGAAAUUGUGUGAGUGAGAGUGAUGGGGAUUUUUGCGGCUGUUGGAGUGUUGUCACCAUUCCCAUUCUACUGGUGGCUAUGGAACUGGCCCCAGUCAUGGGUUGACCUCUGUGGCAAAGACCGUGACCCUUCUAAGGUCAUGGCUCUCGUUGCUCACUUCUUGAAGCUCAUUCAAUUCAUCUCUCUCUUCUCUGUUUCCACUCUCCAUUGGCCUCCUCCUUUCUACUUCUGGCCCCUCUUUGCCUUUGGCCAAUUCCUCAACUUCAGGGUUUAUCAGUUACUUGGUGAGGCUGGCACAUACUAUGGCGUACGCUUCGGAAAAAGCAUUCCAUGGGUAACGGAAUUUCCAUUUGGGGUCAUCAAGGAUCCUCAAUAUGUUGGCGCCAUUAUGAGUCUUGUUGCAUGUCUCUCUUGGGUUCCUUUACAAUACAUUCUCCUGUGGGUUUUAGGAUAUUUGUUUAUGAUUAUUGUGGAAUCAAAAGAAGACCUGUCUACUCGUGCCAAGCCAAUUCAUUAAUGUAGCUUAACAAUGUGGGAAUAAGACUGUGUAGAUUUACCUUCCCCAGCCAUAUCAAGUGGGAGCCUUGUGUGCUAAGCCGCAUUUUUUUCGGGUUAGAAAGAAUUGGAGGAACUCGCAGCAUCCAAUGUGCCAAUUUCUUUGCAUCUUGCUGUUUCAUUCCUCUUCUCUAGAAUGACAUUACUAUUUUGGUAGUUUAUAAUUCUUCAUUGAGGAUUAAGGGUUAUGUUUCUGAUUCCUUCAAACUAUUUCUCAUGAAAUGCAAACAAUCCUUUCAUUCGCUGGUGA